CUCAAACAAAGAAAUUACAAAUAAUUUCUUACUCUCUCUUACAUUCUUCUUCUUCUUGAAGAUUGUCCCAUGAGAAAUGUCUAUGGAUUCUAUGAACCAAACUUACGUAUGCGAAACUGUUGAGCGCCGAGGGGAUGAUACAUGGCAAUAUCUAUUCCAAAUGUCUGUAAAAUCCCCCUCUUCUCUCUUCUUAUUACAACUCUCUGCAAUUUCCUUAGUUUCUCAACUCAUGGAAUCCCUUUUCAAACCCCUUGGACAAUCUACAGUCGUCUCUCAUAUCUUUGGUGGCAUCAUCUUGGGUCCUUCGUUCUUAGGGCAAAAAGAAGAGAUAGCAAGAACGUUGUUUCCCCAACGAGGGAACCUCGCAUUGGAAACUUUUGGAAGUUUUGGCCUCAUGUUCUUCCUCUUUGUCAUGGGAGUGAAAAUCGAUGCGACAGUGAUGCUACGACCAGGGCGACAAGCGUUGGUUGUCGGUCUGUCUGUGUUCGUCUUCACCUUUAUACUACCUCUCACAUUUGUCUUCAUUUUGAAGCAUUCCAUCCCAACGCACGACCACAUCACCGACGCUCUUUAUCUCAUAGCUUUGUGUCAAACCUUGAUCGGCUCUCCCGUUAUCGCUUGUCUACUAACCGAGCUCAAGAUCUUGAAUACUGACAUCGGCCGCCUAGCAAUUUCAUCAUCCAUGUUCUGUGAUGUAUUAGCCAUGUUCGCAGCAGUUGCUACGUUAUCAUUCACAGAGAGCAAGAGAGCCAACAACGGCCAAACUCCAUUAUAUUCACUAAUAUCGUCAUUUGCACUUAUUGCUGGCAUCUUCUACGUCUUCAAGCCUAUAAUUCUUUGGAUGCUGAAGCGUUUUCAACAACGAAAGUUGAUCCAUGAAGUCUUUAUUAUCUGGAUAUUCCUUCUUGUGUUGUUCUCUGGGUUUUUGAGUGAAAUCAUAGGGCAACAUUAUUUCUUGGGGCCAUUGGUUCUUGGCUUGGUUGUGCCAGAUGGUCCUCCAUUGGGUGCUACCAUUGUAUCCAAAGUGGAAACUAUAGCUUCAAGACUGUUCUAUCCAACUUUUCUGGCUGUUAGUGGAUUGCAAACCAAUAUCUUCAUUAUCAAACUUGAACAAUGUUGGCCUGUUGUGGUUGUUAUUCUGUUUUCCUGUCUUGUUAAGAUUGGAGCAGUGGUUUUUCCGGCAAGAUACUUCAAUCUACUACAUGGAGACGCUUUGGUUCUUGGCUUUAUUCUGAAUGCUAGAGGGUUCUUGCAGCUGAUUCUUUUCAAUUUCUGGAAGCACGGACAGGUCAUUGCCUCUAUGAGACUACAAAGCCAAAUUGAUGGUAAGAUGAAGAAGAAAUAUAACUUAUUAAGCUAUUCAAUAUAUAAUAUACUCUUGACAGAACAUCUUCAUCUAUUUUUUCUAAUGUUUUUUCUGCAGUUGAUGACAGAUGAAGAGUUUUCUUUAUCUGUUAUGGCAGUGGUGAUUUUGACAGCCACUGUAACACCAUUAAUCAGACUUCUUUAUGAUCCAUCAAAACGCUACUUUUCAUCAUCAAGAUGUACAAUUCAACAUCUGAAAGCCGAGACUGAGCUUCGAGUCUUGGUCUGCAUUCACCAUCAAGACAACAUCCCCACCAUCAUUAAUCUCCUUGAAGUGUCUUAUGCUUCAAGAGACAGCCCACUUGUUGUCAUAGCUCUAAUUUUGGUUGAGCUCAUUGGGAGGAGCAAUCCGGUUCUUAUCGCACACCAAGCCGAUUGCACGCUCGAAAGAUCUUCGUCUAAAGCAACCCACAUUAUCAAUGCCUUGAGGCAAUAUGAAGAUCACAACGCAGGCUAUGCUACCGUCGAUGCUUUCACUGCGAUAUCGCCAUACGACCUUAUGCACGACGAUGUUUGUAGACUCGCAUUUGAUAAGAGGGCAACCAUUGCUAUUCUUCCUUUCCACAAGCAGUGGGCGAUCGAUGGCACGAUUGAGAGGGUGAACCGAGCCAUCCAGAAUAUGAACUUACAAAUCCUUGAAAUGGCACCUUGUUCAAUUGGAAUUCUAAUAGAUAGGGGAGUCUUGACUAAGCAAGUAUCCGUCUUGACUGCACGAACUCCAUAUCAUAUUGCAGUGUUGUUCGUUGGUGGCCCGGAUGAUGCGGAGUCAUUAGCUUUAGGAGCUCGUAUGGCCAAGCAUCACAUGGUCGACUUAACCGUCAUUCGGUUCCUUUUGUUUGGAGCUGAAAACAGCAAGAAUAGAAAGCAUGACACUGAGUUGAUCCAUGAAUAUAGACAAGCCAACUUGGGGAAUGAGCAUUUUGUGGUUGUGGAAGAGAUGGUGAGAGAUGGCUCUGGUUUAGCGGCAUCCAUUAGAGGCAUGGAGGAUUGCUUCGACUUAAUAAUCGCGGGACGACGACACGAGGAGAACCCCAUUCUCGACGGCCUUCACCAAUGGAGUGAGUGUCCGGAGCUCGGGGUGGUCGGCGAUAUACUUGCAUCUCCGGACUUCAGGAGCUCGUCGACAGUGAUGGUGGUGCAGCAACAACGGUUAAGAGGGAGAUUUUCAGGGAGAAAGAUGAUGAAUAGCAGCCUUGUUCAUGAUGCUCCGACGGGAUCUUGGUCUAUAAUGAUGGAGAGGUGAAAUAGGGCAUAGCUUUACAAAAUCCUUCUUUUUUUUUCCUGUUAGUUUUUUGGGGAAUUGACAAAAAUAGGCCAAAAAUGGGAUA